AUUUUUUAAGCAAAUUAAAGACGGACUUCCUUGUCCUUCGGUUGAUAUUCUAUCUUCGUAACGAACAAUGUUCGCGUUGAAUAAUGAAGAAACUUUGCCGUUCGUAGACUAUUUUUGUACUUGCUCUACCAUCAAAAGCAGAUCGUCGUUAAGUGCAGCGAGUAAUACAGUAACAACAGCAUCAGCAGGUGAUCAACACAUUACCUCAGCUGCAACCUCAGAGGAAACUGAGGCAUCUGUUACAGGACGUCAUUUACUCUCUAAGGAAGCUUCGAGCUAUUUAUAUCCUCUUUCUCGACUUUAUUUUUGUGAGGAUUGCCACCAGAUUCGAUGUCCUUCCUGUGUUCAAGAUGAGAUCAUCUCCUAUUAUUGUCCCAACUGUCUUUUUGAAGUUCCAACUGCCAGUGUCAAAAGCGAGCGGAACAGGUAAAUAUACUCCAUAAAUUAUAUGCAAAGCUUAAAAAGAUAUUGUGCAUCGCGCGAUUAGAAGUGAGUUGACAAUGUAUUUAUAGAUGCGCACGGAACUGUUUCCAGUGUCCUGUCUGCCAAAACACCCUUUCUGUUGUAGCAUCGCAAGAAGCA